AUGGAUCACUCAACGUUGAAAUUUGUAAGCUUCUUCUGCCUGUUGUACAUUGUAAAAAGCGUUGAAAGUUACGCCGGAAUUCAAGCAUGUGAUUCUGGGCGGGAAAGUUGCUAUUUAAAGGUUAGUGAAACUACCCACGCCUGUGAAAGUGCGUCUCCAUUCUGGGACCAAGUACCUGUACGUAUUACAGAUUACGACGUAAUUAACGGGACUGUAACUGUCGAUCCCUGGAACUACUUACAACGUAUGGGUCUGUAUAAAAUAUUGUUGAAAUCCACCGAAAAAUACAUGCGUGACUUCGGGCCUCGUAAUUUAGGCAACAUUCUUUGGGGCCUUCCACUCCAAUUUGGAUGGCAGUUCUCAACACGUCGUCUGGACGAUCCAUUCAAUUUACAAAGUGAUCAAGAAGACAAGUUCUACGUAUCGCAUAACAGCUAUUGGGCCAGUAUGAACUACUACCUGUCAGUUAUUCCAUUCCUUGGCGCUGUUGAAGCAGGUGUCAUUGACCUCGAGGGACUGCAACUUAAAUUGUUAAAACCUAGUGGGCGCGCUGAUCAAUACUGCAAUAGUAUUGCUUCUUGUCGUGAAUUAAUUCCAGAAACGUUUCAAAAAUGGACUGAAUUUUACCAGCAUAUGAUACACAUUACUUGCCGCGAGGGCCAUUGUACUCCCAUGGACGCAGCGCAACUAGACUAUUUACUGUACUAUAUGUGGGACGCUCAUCAAGCUACCAUAGAGCCUGCUUAUGAGAUAUCCGCAGAUCUUCUUUCCGGGUAUCCACUUGCAGAACAGAAGUUUGGACGUGGAUGGGCACAUUUUGUCGAGUAUCUCGCUGCUCUCCGAUUUAUCACUAACUGUACAUACACACACUUUUUCGAGGAGAUGUCUCUCCCGAAACGACUCCUCAGAGAUGGAGACCACCCGCCAUUCAUUCGGGAUCUUACAGUUUACGAGAACCAAGCCCUGACAAUGAUGAACGUAUUAUUCUUUGUCGAUUCGUAUACAGUCAAAUCAGACCCUUCCGGUCCAGUGGUUGCAGGGAUUGAUACCAACAUUACCAUAUCGUUUUAUAUAUAUGGGGAAAAGAUUGUAAAUCGGUCACUGCACACUCACGUAGAUCAAGCAUAUUUUGACUUCCCCCCUGGUUUCAUACCCAUAUUUGACGUGCCAAGAGGCAAGGUGGACGUUUACAGCAUCCUAGAGGAGGGCGGUAAUUCGUCAACGGAUUUCCAUUUGAUUGAUAUAUCUGAACAUUUGUCUGGGAGAUACGGCGUUGGACUCGAUGGAAUCGAACCUACUGAUAUAAGAAAAUAUGUCGAAGUGAUCGUUCCAGCAGCACAUUGGCAACCAAAGAACUAUGUCGUCGUUGAUGUCGGCGAAACGAUAACUUUAACAUGUAUGGCUGUACAAUACCAAUCGUUGGUGGCGUCGACCAACUUGACCGUGUCUGGUCCAGCCUCUUCCAACAGACUUAAAAGAAUGACAUUUAACGAAGGUCCUAAUCCAGUAGUGAGUCUGCCUAUCACGAUUGAACAUGUUUCAGCAACAGAUGCAGGACGUUACGCAUGUACCAGUCAGGACGUGAUGGAUUCGAGUAUUAGAAACAUAGAAAUGCUGGAUUUGAUGGUUACAACAGUGGCGACUUCCGGUGAUGUGUCCGUUGCUAGGGGCCAAUCACUAGCCCUGUCGUGCUGGUUACCAUGGCUUGACCUGAAUCUCCAGAAUGUAGUUUGGUACCGACUGAACGAGUACCCUGAACUUAGACGUGGCCAAAUGGAGAAGGUGGAAGUCGACAUCAAUGGUGAUUUCGUUCCAGAUGCUCUGUUUUCACCUACUGGUCAAUGGUUUGUGCUCUACAACGUGACGUCAUCUCUGGCGACCACAUAUAAAUGCAAGGUUGAGUUCACAAUUCCACAGAACCCAAACCAGUAUUACGUGUCGCCUUACUCAAGUAUCUCCGUCAGUGUUAAGGAGCAUGAAAAGCCAAUUAAACAACCUUCCUGUACGUCAUGGAAGACGUUUUAUCUAACCAAUCUACCGACAUCGGUAACAGUAACAGAAAGGGACAACGACUACCGAUGGUCUGUGAACAUCCGGGUCAACGCAACACAGAACCUGCUAAUGACGAUUUUUGAUGCAUCACGAGAAGAAAGCGUUCAUCGUUUCGAAAUCGUUCUAGACAGUUCUUCAGUAGUGAUAGAGCGGUAUGGACUGGAAGAGUUUGACCCACUUUUAGACAGAGUGAUUGUAAACACGUUAAAUUUGUUUCCAACUAACGAAAUGAAAGAGUUUACAUUGCAUUAUUAUUAUGACACGUUAAGGAUUCUAGAAGGUAUAGAAAGUCCUGAAACGCUCAUCAUCUACAACAACUUUCGACAAAUGCCUGGCUUUACAAGAUAUAGUGUCAGUUUCGCCGUCACAGAGAAUGAUAGUGAUGCCGAAGUUGAAUACUGUAUAUCCGAAGACGUUGUUGAGCCAGCGCCUUGUAGUGUGAACGAUGGCUGCAUAAGUAAAGGCACACGGACAAAUGUAACGUCGUUUUUGGUGGUGAUUUGUGGGCUAUAUAUCGUGGUACAACAUAACUUCUCUGUAUAGUUAUCGAUGUAUUGAAGUUACAGUAAUAUGUAAAUGUAUACAUGAUUGUAUCAGUGUUACAUUGUUAUGGACUUUGAUACUGCAAUACAGAGUUACAAAGUUUGAGACUGUGUUAUGGAGUUUUAGACUAAUACUUUGCUACGGAAUUUGCUAACAUUAGCUUGUUUUUAUAAUGUUCCAAACGUGGUAUUAGCUAUUUAAUUCAUCAUUUUCUCUGUUGACAAAUGAGGACAGAUAAUUAUUUCCGCUUACUUUGAAUAGUGUAGUUGUAACUGCCAAUUACCAAAAUCAUGUUAGUGUGUAUUUGUAUUGCUCCCGUAUAGCACAGUGAGGGCAUUGAAGUUACCUUCUCUGUGUACAUGUGUGUUGCGUCCAAUUCUUCCCAGUUUUAUCUUAAAAUACUUUGUUGUUGAAACUUGGCGUGAAGAAGCGCCACAUUCAUCUGAACAUUUGAUCAAGGUUUGGCAGAAGUAUAUACCCAUUUAGUAUUUUUUUCCAGGGUUGUUCACCUCAAUUUUCUGACUGCUUUUUUAGAAAGAAUUCCCACAAUGCAGCAGGCUGUGUCAGCUUACUGUAAAGCAUGUCUUUUUAGCGAAUUUAGCGACAGAACUAAUUCGCUAAUUUAAGAUGUCGCUAAUGACUCAUUAUAAAUUCAAAAUGGCGGCCAAACAACAUCUUUUUCCCCACACACACACUUUGUAAACAGCACAGAAAACGUAAUAAUUUGGAGCGCUUCCUUAUUACAGUUUGACAGUUUUUAUGGAGGUGAUAACUGCGCAUUUGUUUUGGCAGGCGACAACACAUAGUGUUGUGAAAACAGGAAAUCAACAAAGACAAGAGAGGUUCGCUAAAUUAACAUUUUGCUAUUACGUCAUUUACCACAAUUCGCUAAAAUAGUAAGCCGCUUUUUCAACAAAUGUAUGAAUGUGGUAAUAGGGACCUAGGAGGAUAACAAUGUGAAAAAUGAAUUCAUUGAAAUACCAGUCCUGUUCUUCUAUGUCAAGCUAGUGGUUGUAUAUUUAUCAGUGAAGCCGGUCGUCUUGUAAUUUUGUUAUGCUUUUGAAUAUUUUUGAAUCAUUUUAGUGAUAUUUGUAAAUACAACGUUUGUGUCUUUUAUUGCAAUUUUUAUUAUUGUAUUUAUUUAUUUAGCUAGACUGUGAUUUACCGGCAAUAAGUUAUUAACUGUAUUAAUCAGCCAAGGACUGCCUGGCGUGAUUCUACCUCCUUUUAUAUUUUCUGAGUGAAGUUUACAGUUUUAAUGGGCGGUGGUCGUUACACCACGCAUGCGCGAGAUAUGGAACUAAUAUGAACAAAGAUGACUACUUUUACUGAGUACAAACUGAGACGUUACUACGCUUCAACUGUAUAAUUUCUUUGGUGACGGUAUAGAAGGGGUCAUCUGUGGUAAUUAGCUUACGUGCCUUGGUCGAAACACAUACUCGUGAAAAUGUCGCACAUGCGCGGCGCAACGACCACCGCCCUUUAACUACAUUUUGUAAAUGUUUAAAUUAUUAUGCGUUUCUUUACAAGACUGUACAAAUAUGUGAGCGUCCACUUGUGGUGAUCAUGGCAUGUGUACAGUUUGAGACUCCCAGAUUGCCCUUUGUUUCAUGUAAAAAAGCCUCUGUAGGUCACGUUUGAGAUGUUAUGAAUGGAUAUAUGUUGUAUUUUUUUACGAUAUGUGAAACUGAAAAAGCUUGCAUUUUUUGAUACUGUUUAUUCGAAAUAAACAAAAACUUUCAGGG